AUGCACACAGAGGAGUUGGGGCUCGCAUGGCUCCUGAUUUUCUCAAAGUGUCUAAUCUUAAUCUUUCAUGCUCACUGGCCCUUCACUGGGCCAAAGGGUGAGUGCAAAAAGCGUUUGCAAGUGCUAGUCAGACGUGCUGUUUACCCUUCACAUCCGCUUCUACCUCCAUCUCCACCAUUACAAAAGGCAAAAAGCACAUCAACAAGACUACCCCCCACAAAAACACCCUCUACAACUAUGAAGUCCACAAAGACACCUCAAUCUACGCCACCAUCGGGAGCUACACCAGCUGCAAAAGCGCCUCCACGCGCUGCAGCUCCCAUCUACACCAUGAGCCGGGCCGACACGCGCCGCAAGCAGCAGCUCUGCAAGAAACUCGACGACAUCUGCGUCGAGGUGAUCUCCAGAUCCACGGCUUUUUCCGAAGCUACUGCCAAGCUCUACCAUAUGUGCCUCCAAAGGAAGUACAUGCCCUACGUGGACCAUGAUUCCGAAGUCAACUUGGCGCUGCUCACCAUCACUUGCGAGCACAAGCGUCAGCAGCUAGAUGAGGUCGUCAAGACCCAGCUUGAGGUGGCAAGGCGGGCACGCCUGCUCCGCGAGGCCGAGGCCGAGGAGAAGAGGCUUGAUGCCGCGUUCUGGAAGCUCGUCAACAAGUACAAGAAGGGUUGA